AUGUUCCUGAAUUCUGAAUUUGAAAUAAACAAUCUAAAUGGUAACUCAGGCAAAUCUAAGAAAUCUGUCUUUAAUAAGAAAAAUAGCGACAAACAAUUUUGUAGUAAUUGUUCAUCAUGGAAUAAUAUUGAAAAGAUAAAUGGAGAUAAUUUAGAUUUAGAUAAUAUUUUAGUGAGUAAUGAGACAGAUAUGCCUACUUCUUUAGAGAGUUCUAUAACUUCUACUGACUCGCUUGUGAUCAGUACAAAUACAAACUCAUUAGCUCCAGAUCCUAAAUGUAUAUCACUAGUAUCCAAAGAGAUGACAAGAUUAUGCUGUAUUCUAAAUGAAAUAUAUAGAUAUAACUCUGAGUGGAAUAUAACAGAGGAAUAUUAUAGAUGGCACUGGUUUUACUUGCUUAAAUGUAAAUCAGUAGAGCAGUUUAGUCCUUAUCAAGUGAUUUUUUCACCUUAUAAAGCUGGUUCUAAUGAUAUUUCAAUAAUUGAAUCUAUAUCUAAGGAUCUAAUUGCAUUUUAUAAUCUUUCAAAUAAUGGUACAUUGAAUUCUACAACUUCAAAUUCUAAAAAAAGUGAUCUUGUUACACCAAUUUUUGCAGAAAAUACUUUAACAGAUACGACUCCUGUAGCACAAAUUACACAAAAGCGUGCAGGUUACAGAAAGAAAAGUGAAUCAGUCGCACCAGAUGCUUAUAACACAAAGAGUAUAACUCAAGAAAUACGUGAAUUAUCAGAGAAUUUAUCUUUGAAGAAUUCUACAAAUAAUAAUACUGAGAAACCCUUUGUGAAUAAUAGUACUUCUCCAAAGAUCAAUAAUAAGGGUGGUAGAAAGUCAGCAACUAAAGAGAGUGCUGCAAGGAUAUUACAGAUGUGUUUAGCUGAAGGAGGUGAGAAUGAUGAAGAAUUAUUAAUUUCUGAUAAUACACUGAAUAAUGAUAUAGUAACAAGUGAAGAUAUAAGGGGUAGUAAUAAUGAACAAUGUAGUUUAGCUGAAGACAACGGAUUUAUUAAGGAAGAGAAGGCAAAAUUACAAUCGGAGUCUAAAGGUUCUGAGAUCAUUAAUUUAUCAUUGGGUGUAAUAGAAAGUGACUUAGAAGAUAUUGAACAAAAUUCUACCUUUGAAAAUGGUACUUCUUUACAAGCAGGUUCAAGUAAUCAAGAACAUACUGCAAGUAUAGCUUUGGGGAAAUUAUUCUCUUAUAAAUUAGUUGCAAAAUUACGUCGCAAAAUACCUAGGUAUCUUUAUGUAAAGUGGGCGCGUGAGAGAACAAGAGUUGGUGGAUCUUUUGUUGUAUCUAGAGGUCGUGGUUAUGAUUUUCGUUUUCCCCCUAGAGAUCUUACAAUAUCAGCUUUUCAAGCAGCUUUUAAAGGUGCAGUGAGAAAACGAAUUGAGUUAUAUGGCCCAAUCACUUUUCCACCUCAGGUAUUACCAUUAUGUGAUGAAGACUUUGUUUUAGAUGAAUUUCAAGUAACAGAAUUAGAAUCGAUUGUAGCAGAGCAAUUCCCAAACUUUAAUAUUCACGAAGCUAAUACUCCAAGUAAGAGGCAAUGCAUACAAAGUGAUCAAGGUGAUGAACAGCAACCCAGAGACAUAAAUAGACAAACACUUGAUAUAGAAAGUCCAUUAACUUAUGAUAAUCAAACAUUUGUCCACAAUGAAAUAAAUAGUAGGUUUGAUAAUAGUUCAGAUAUGAUAAAUUAUCGUGAUGAGGGUGAAAUAAACCAACAUUCACAGUUAAUUAACUAUUAUACUGAAGGUUCUGAUUUGAUAGGUGAGAUAGAUGAAGAUAUCAUUGGGGGUAAGGAGACGACUGUGAAGGUUUGUAAUAUUAAUUUACGUGAGAAAUGUAAAGAUGACCAAUUAAUUGGUAAACAAUAUAUUUAUAGCCACUAUGAUACUUAG